AUGUCGCUGUGUGAUAAAUCCUUGACUUAUGAGAAACAAAAAGAUUAUCAACAAGCAUUAGAUUCAUAUUCAUAUUCUUGUGAUGCAUCAAUCUUUUCUGAUGAUCAUUAUUUAAAAGAUUUAGUGUUUAUACGUACUCAAAUCAGUUGUAACUCAUCAAUUGAAAUAUUGUAUUAUUCAAGUCGUAAAUCAGGCAAUUAUUCAAUUUUUUAUUAUUGUGAAGAAAGAGAAGAUUUGGUAACUCCUUCUCAAUCUUUAAAAGAACGUUUUAAACAAAUUUAUCCUUUAUGUGAAGGAUGUCAAGAAAAUGAAAAAGAAUUUUAUACUAAAGGGGAGAUUAAAACCAAUAGACAUUCUAUCAAAU